AUGAUAGAGCUUCUCAGUGUCUUACUUUGUGUCAUUUCAGAAUUCAUUGGAACAGAUGAAACCACACGGAUUACGGAAACACCUGACAUCGCAACAAACACAUUGGAAGAGACUAUGCAGAAUAAUACCGAUAACUCACGUUUCUCGAAUCAUUGUAUUGAUUUUUACGAAACUGCAUGUGGAGAGUGGGAAAAACAGAACCCUUUGUCGGGUGAUAGUGCUAGUUCAACCGUUAUGCAACAGAUGGGAAUGAACGUUGAUAACUACUUCUGGGAGAUAAUUGCUAACGAUUCAUACUAUAAAGAAGAUUGGCGCUUACAAUCAGCUCGAGCAUUUUACAAAUCUUGCGUAAAUAGUCGAAAUUCAAACACAACGCGUGAAAGUCGUCAUCACUUGAUAGAUAUAUAUUUUGGCGGAUGGCAACUAAUACCAUCACUUUCGACGGAGAUAAAUAAUACAAAUGGGCGAAAUCAAAGUCAAAUGAAUAACAGUCUUACCGAUCUAUUUCUACCAAUAUUAACUCAAACUGGACGUUCACCUUUAUUUUCAAUGAACAUCGCAGAGGAUAUUUUUGCCGUCCUAACUGAUAUGGAUAAAUCCGAAGAGGAUUACUACAAGCUUGCAUUUGAAACUGGGGUACCUCAGUCUCAAAAACCACAACUAAUGGAUGCUUUCCGAAAAAUGAUUCGAUUAGGCAGAAUCGAUUGGAGUUAUGCACUUGAAAAGGUAUUACAAGAAACUGGAUAUGUAAACUACCACAAACUACCAAUCAUUAUAGAACGGCGAAAUGAACUCCGUCAACGUUGCGCAGAAUACCGUGAACUAUUGACGGAAAAAGAUGGUGGAAGUACUCUACGCACAAUAGCUGUUAUGGACUUUUUAAGAGAACAACAAAAGAAUACACUAAACGUCCAUACAUUUGGAACGAUUCAUAACUUCAAUUCAUCUUCACAGCCACAUUUUGAUGAGCAAUGUAUAAAACGGUUGAAGGAUGCGUUUCCAUGGACGCUUGAAAGACAUUAUAUCCGUUCGCAUGUAAACGAAACACACAAAACAGAGGUGAUCAAUAUGUUUAACGAAAUUAAACUCACUAUCACUAACUCAAUACAAAAAAUUAAGUGGUUUGAUGAAGAAGAAAAGAAAUUCCAGAAACACAGGGUUUCAAAAAUGGGUAUAUUUGCCUUGUACUCCAAUCAAAAUGCUUCUCAACAAAAAGAAAAUCUCUCAACAGUAUUCCAAGCUUUUCGGACUGAUACUCAAGAAGAAAUGUUGGCUGACAAUGAUGGACUAAAAGCGUCGUACCACGCUAUGUGUGGACAUCAUGGUGAGGUAAUACUUGCACAAAAUGCAGUAGCUAUGCCUCAUGUCUUGGAAAAGUUUAGAGUCAUCGGGGCGUUGGUCAAUAGUAGAAGAUUCGCACGUGCAUAUGGUUGUCCAGUUGGUUCACCAAUGAAUCCUGUUACAAAAUGCGAUGCAUGGUAA